GAAUUCGCUGUAUCAAGACCGUAUAUGAAUAGACGAUACGCCGAGUUAUUUGCGCGGGAUUUGCCGAACGCUGGGCCCGAUGAUAACGAAUAACCGAGACGCAUAGUAAAGGCAUGUGGCCGGUUGCUGCUGCUCGCUGAAACAAUCGAACGCGCACUCCGAAAAUGUAAAUCGUUACUUUUCUGCAUCGCAUCUAUUCCAAGUAGUAACAUUAUCCGCGCACACCUGCUUUAAUAUAUACCAUUGCUUUAUUUUUUCGACUGUGUUUUGCGUGCGACCUAAAUCGGAGGCUCGAAUCUCUUACGUACAGGCGCCUAUCUCAGCGCAGUCGUUGGAUUAUCUCGUGUUGAUCAGCUCGUGACUAACGACUACUACUACUGCUACUACUACUACAUACUACUGUGGCAGUUGGCAUACACACAACGACACAACGCUUAUUUCGAGAGCACAAAAUGUUUUUUUAGUAUUUUUUUUUUUCACCAUUCGUAAAAAACAAAUGUUACGUCUUCUUGCCAACGUGAAGAAGUACUUGUAAAAUCGCAGCGUAUUUUCGUCACUCUGCAUCGGAAGGAACGUCGAUGAAUUCCUGAGGAAUCACGGAAGUCGAUCGUUCUAUACGACAACUUGAAAAUAUCGAAUGGCACCCAACUGGCUUGUAUCGGCUACUGCAUUAGCUCCUCCAAAGCUCCACUCGGAGUACCGGAGCACCUACACCUGGCACGAGUACACGGGCUCGGGCCAGCAGGAUCACAACUCGCAGCAGCAGGCGGUGGUGCGCCGAGCGCCCCAACAACAACAGCACCACCAGCAACAGAAUCCUAAAGAGCAGGAGGCCAAGUUGGUCGCCGCGGCGCCGGUCAUCAAGCCUUCCGAGGAUGAUGUAGCUGGCACCGGCGAAGGCCCGAGCAUGGAGCCACCACUGCCGAGAAGAAAAAAGUACCCGGAGCUGGCCUAUCGUACCCACGAGUUCAUACCGGCGGCUGCAGCCGACGCGGCCGGCGUCGAUUGCCUCGACUCCAAUGUCGUCGCUGACAAAGUGCGGGAGGUAGCCAAGGUGCUGCCGACGUCGCAGCUGAGCAAAGCCAUCACGAAGAUCAGCACCGAGUAUCGGCUGCAGUUCGCCUGGCCGCGCAAGCAGCAGCAGGCCCUGACGAACGGCGAGGUCAACGAGGCCGGUCAGCAUCCGCCGCGUAAAUCCCUCAGUAUGGGUGUGCUGAGACAGGGCUCCCUCUUCGGCGGCGGCGGUGGUGGUCCGGGUGGUGCCGCCCCGAUUGCUCCGGUGCACAAGAAGCGAGGCCAGCAGGAAAUUAACAAACAGCAGCAGAUUACCGGUCAGCCGGCGGUCCUAGCGCAACAACAGUCGCAUCAGAUAUCGUCGUCGGAGCUCGAGCCGCUGGUCGGCAGGAAGCAGCAGCCACCUCAGCAUCUAUUGAGCAACGUCGUCGAGGAGCGCGACGAGCCCGAUCAAGCACCGACGGCACCAGCAGCCGUGAAUUAUCGCAAACGUACCACGGGAGCCGGUCGAGCCGUGAGACUCGUCGAUCCGGACGGCAGCCAACAGCAGCAGCAGCAGCAGCGGCCCUUCUCGGCCGCCCAAGUCGUCGAGCUUCGUCGCGAGCUCAAGCGCCUGGCCGAGGAGUACAAGCACCGCGACUGGACCGGCUCGGGCGAGGACGAGAACGCGGGCCUGUGGCGUCACGUGAGCAGCAGUCAGGCCCUCGAGGCCCUGUCGCUGGCGCGCCACCAGCAGUCGCCCAGCAGCAAGGAGCAGAAGGAGAAGGAGAACACGAGGAAGGUGGCGGUGCCCGCGGCGGGCAGGCCCAGCAACGAGCAGGCCAGGCCCGUCUUUCAGCCCGAGGACUUCGGGCCGGACAACGAUCGGGCGCUGGCACGUGCUCGCCGAGACUUUCUCUUCAGGCAUCAUCUCGAUCGCACCACCGGGGUUACGCUAGGUGACGGGGCACUCCUUCCCUCUCCGACGAGAGAGAAGCUGGAGCCCGUGACGCCGAGAAGACGAGACGAGACGCCCGUGGGCCAAGGUGGCCAAGAGCCGCCGCAGUCGGCUCGCUCGAGACCCAGCCCGAAGAGCAGUCCGCGGGCGGCUCGCUCGCAGAGCGCGGGUCCCGCCGCGCUCAAGGAGGGUCGCUCGCCCAAACGCCGGCCCGUCUCCUGCAGCCAGGCCAACAAAGUCGACGGGGAGAAGACCACCGAGCGACAGCCACGACCGAAAACCGCAGGCCGCACGAAGAUCGUACGAAUCGACGACGGAUCGUCAACAACAAGAAGACCGAGAAGAAGCUCGAGUAGCGUGGCGACAACGACGAGGUCGGCGUCUCGGACGAGGAGCACGGCGGUUCCCGUAGCGAGGGUGAUGGUGACGAGGCCCUCGAUCCGAUGUAAUAAUAAGAAACUGACCGCGGAGCCGGCAAUCAACGGCCAAGAUCAGCCACAGCAGCCAGCAGAACAGCCACCCUGGAUGGAAAACGGCCAGCCGCUGGUAAAAAGCCCACCCGAGCCGACGCGCGUCAAGUCGCCCGAGCAGAUGAUCAUGCGCUCGCCCGAGCCGGUCAACUGGACCGUGCCCCUGGACACGGGCAAGACCUUCACUGUCACUCAAAACGUACUCGAGGGAGAGCCGCUGACGAGAGCGCACAGCGAGGCCCGAAGCUGGGGUCCACAGUCGGCGCCGCCGGAGCUAACCGGGCGCCUUCAGCACAGGCUGCACCAGCAGGGCAGCGGCUACAAGUCGCCCGACAGCGAGAGCAUGUCCCUGCCGAGCUUCGGCGCGGCCAGCAACGGACUGCACAAGGACGACUCGGCGGCCGGAAGCCCGAUGGCCAGCAAAGACGAGCCGAUCCAGGAGCAGCCACAGCAGCACGCCAGCGACCUGCUGGAAAAGGCGCGCAAUCGUUUCGACAAGUUCUGGGGCAAGAGCAGUCCCGACGAUCAGCAGCAGCAGCAGCAGCAGCCGCCCCAACAGUAAAUAAACAGCAGCAGCCGACACCGACUCGCGGCAAAAGUAAUAGUCCUCGAGUAGCCAUCGCCGCCGCUGUGGCCGUCGCCGUCGUCGCCACCGCAACGC